AUAUUAUAAAUAAUCCUAAACAAGUCCCAAACAACACGUAGCAUAUUAAAAUUAGAAACGCUUUUAUCAUAAGUUCAUAAUCAUCCAAUUUUGUGUUUCUUUUCUUUACAGCUGCGGGCUUCCUUGCACAAAGAAAAGUUCACCAAACUCCUCAAAAAUCCAUAAUUUCUUCUCUUUCUAUUUGUAUUACUACUUCGCAAAAAGAACCCAUAAAAUUUUUUUCUUCAAAUUUCACUUCAAUGGCGAAUAACCCAGAUAACCCAAACCAUGAUUUUCUCGAACAGUUACUAGAGAUGCAGAAUUUUGCAGCAGCAGCUGCUGCGGCAGUAGGUGGAGACCUUAAUUUGGCGGGAACUGAUGUGAAUUUGGGUCCCGGAGCUCCAAUGAUGCUCCAGUUGAAUUCGGGUCCAGGUGGGUUUCAUGGGCCUCCUGUGUUUCCAUUGGGGUUGAGUUUGGACCAAGGGGGGAAACCCACUUCUGGGUUUAUUAAACAUGAAGGUUCUAGCAGUGCUAAUAAACGUUUUCGUGAUGAUCCUCAGCAUCAUCUUCUUGAUGCUUCUGCUAAUUCUGCUCCUAAGAAUGUUUUUCAUGGCCAGCCAAUGUCGAAUCCGGUCCCUGUUGCACCAUAUCAACCUGCAGUUCGUCCAAGGGUCCGAGCGAGGCGAGGACAGGCUACUGAUCCACACAGUAUUGCUGAGAGGUUGCGUAGAGAGCGAAUCGCUGAAAGAAUUAGGGCACUGCAAGAGCUUGUUCCUAGUGUUAAUAAGACGGAUAGAGCUGCAAUGCUCGAUGAAAUCGUGGAUUAUGUGAAGUUUUUGAGGUUGCAAGUCAAGGUUUUGAGCAUGAGUAGACUAGGCGGAGCUGGUGCAGUGGUUCCACUGGUUACGGACAUGCCAAUAUCAUCUCUUGAGGAAGAAGGUGGGGAAGGUGGUCGAGGUCAACCUGUGUGGGAAAAAUGGUCUAAUGAUGGAACUGAAAGACAAGUUGCAAAACUCAUGGAAGAGAAUGUUGGGGCUGCAAUGCAAUUCCUUCAAUCCAAGGCACUUUGCAUCAUGCCCAUUUCACUUGCAUCGGCAAUCUACCACACUCAGCCGCCAGAUGCGUCAUCACUUGUGAAGCCCGAGUCAAACCCACCUUCAUAAACUUCCUGUCAUAAUUAGAAGGUCAUAGUCCUUCCGCUCUCUUAUUUUAAUUCGCUAAUCUGAUAAUGGGUCCUGCCAUAUCGAAAUUCAACCCUUCCAAAGAAAUCCGUUUGAUCAUCUCAUCUUCAUAAAGUUAGAUUUUUCAUAGUGCCAACUUUAUUUCCUUUAGUGGUUUUUUCAAGAAUAGAGAUUGAUGUAAUGGCUAAAAAAUUGGAAGCAUGCCUCUAACAUAGUCUUUAUUGAGUUUAAGGCAAGAAAAAGGGAAUUUGUCAAAGCUUCACUUGAUACACUCUUUGUCUCCUUUUUUUCUUCUUAGUUUCUUUUCUCUGAAUUUUGAAUUAUAUGGUGGUUAGUGGUGUAUGACAAAAGCACUUUAUGUAAUAUUUUGUGUUAGUGGAGGGUUGUCAAUUUUUUCCUCUGUUAGUGGGUGGUGGGACCAUGAUGAAGGAAUGGAUCAGUACAUAUGUUUUCUGUAAUUUGUAAUGUAUUUUUCUUAUCAAGAAAAAAAGUGCAGAUUUUAGAAA